AUACCAACUUGAAGACACAUUUGGAGUAUGGAAAUCCCGGUAGGUCAGGGCUAAAAUUAGCCUGCCACUGCGGCCGACGUGUGAUGUUUUUUGCAGGGGGAUACACGAUCACAGGGGCUGGCAUGACAAGUUUCCCAUGCGUGACAUUUAACGCGAGGAGUAGUUGUCAUUAAUUGCAUGCACAGACAGCCGCCGGCACGCAGCGUCGCGUCCCCCUGCAGAAAUGUCCUUUUUAACCAUCCCAAGCCAAGAGGGCCUUUUUAUUCCCAUCAGAAGCAGAGCAGAGCAUGAUGACGACGACGAAGAAGACGAAGACGACGACGACGACGACGAGGGAAACGUUCGCCUGAUCCCAAGAUGCUCCCCGAUCCCCAGGAGGCGAGGCGCGUCCAUCCACGACGAGACUGCCGAGUACCUGCGCAUCCAGGCGGCUCUCUCCCCCGGGAAGCGCGUGUCGUUCGCCGACAUAACCGGCGGAGACCUGGUGGACGUCCGGGAGUUCGUCGCCUUCGACUCGGACGACGAAGAGGACUCUGCGAAGUGGGAGGAAGAACGCGCAAAGUACGGCAAGUGUGAGCGAGAAGCUGUGUUCCACGUUCACGCAGACUUUGAGACCCCCGGCGGAGACGCGCUGCUGCAGCACGUGAGCGCACAUAAAGUGGCCAUAGAGCAGAUCCAGCCUGUGGAGCACGAGCCCCUCGCUUUCCACGGUCUGGUCCGAGUGCUCAACGUCUCCUUCCAGAAGGCGGUCUACAUCCGGUCCAGCAUGGACAACUGGGCCUCGUACUUUGACCACCCCGCAGAGUACGUCCCCGGCUCCCACCACGGGGACACGGAUCAGUUCUCCUUCAAGUUGUCGUUUGCGCCCCCUUACGUCACUCAUGGCUCUCGCAUCGAGUUUGUUGUCCGCUAUGAAACCACCGAGGGGGAUUUCUGGGACAAUAACGGCCGUAUGAACUAUGUGGUCACACUGCUCCUGGCCUAUGAAGAGGAGGAAGACGAAAUAAACAGUGAGCUGCAAGAGACGAGAGGGAUCCUCAGACCCCCCAAAGAAUACAGGUGGCCAGGAGGACUUGAUAUCAGACGGUAUCCAGCGGUCAUUGGGUGUUUCGACCCUGAACCGCAACACCCUACCGCUGGUGGGCCGGCAGUGGUGGCCAAGUCACUGCCUAUCUCCUCCGCCUGGCUUCCAGCUCAUCUAGACUCUCCUGCUCCAUAACCAGCAAGAGGCUCUCUCUGCUGCCUCCCCCAUCCUGCGAGCUGCUGUCUUUCUCUCCUUCCCUGUUAUUCCCAAGGCUGUGAGCAUUCUCCAUACCGACUGGGCAGGGAAUCCUCUGCAGCCGACCUCGACCGGGAACAGCCAUGCCUGCCAUCCUUUUCCCCUGCAGUCAUUCAAAAGGUUCUGAUAUUUGGCACUUUUCCUUUCAAAGGCUUGGUCACACCCUUCUUCCCAUGGGACUGUGAGUUCUAUGAGAAUUAUCUUCUUUGCCUCUUCAGACCACAGCACCACAUCCGGCCUCAAGGUUGUCUGGACAACCUGGGGGAAUUGCAGCCUUCCUCCCAGGUAUACCUUCAUGUCCCAAGAACAGGCCAUUUGCAAUAGGCUCUUCCUUGAUGUUGCUGUGGUUGGUGGCUUUUCUCCCUCCCUCACAAACUGGAUUGAUCUUGUUCUCCCUUGUUGUUGCCAUUUCUUGCAUCUCUGCUGCUCCAGGGUGUUAGCCAGUGUCAUGAGCACCUUGUCAUGACGCCUUCUGUAUCUCCCUUGAGUGAGUGCUUUUUUAAACUCUGACAGAAUGUGCGCCAUACCCUUCUGCCCGCAAAGCUUGCAUAGUGGAUCCUCUCUCAUGCCCCACCUGUGCAAGUUUGUUGGAGUCGGGAGUGUGUCAUACAAUGAUCUCAGCAAGAAAGAGAUGCGGAAUGGUUACAGCUUCCAUAGAUCUGCCCACGUGAUCCUUCUCUUAGGGAGGUCCCAUUUGGUCCUGGCUCCCUGGGACGCUACUUCCACUGCUCUUGAUUUUCGACCUUCCUCUUCCUUCAUCUAACCACUGUGAGAUCAACCAUAUACUGUAGGUUGUAUUCAGUCACAUGACAUGAGUGGAAGUAAAAUAAAGUGGGAGGCCAUCAAACCAACAUGGCUACUGUGCAACACUGCAUGCAAACUGAGUACGCAAAGAGUCUAUAUUUUACCGCUAAAAGCCAAUACCAGCAAAAAAUCAAAUUAUGCAAUGCAAUCUCUCUUUAUAUGUUAUUAAAGAAAGAUUUGUCAAGUGAUCGCAAAGAUUCUCCGUCAGUCGCAUUCCCAGACAUGUCGAACAAUACGUUGUCAUUCUACAUAACAAAACGGAUGAAUUUUUGGAAAAGCAUGGAGACUUAGAACUUAUUUGUGUGUGGCUGCGUCAAGGAAAUUGGUAUCAAAUUAUCUCGGAUAAAUUGUGCAUUGUUAAUUCUCAGGUAAGGUUGCAUUUGAUAAUUUAACCUAACUCCAUGCAAACAAACUGUGUUUAACACUUGAUAACCUUGAUUCACUGUUGUUCAUUUUCACCUUAUGUUAACCACUGAAAGAUCAUCGGACACCAAUUAAGACCUGGCUGGUUGUGAAAGAAUAAAGAAGUGAUCACAGCUCAAUAAA